ACCUACAAAAAUUUCACAGAAAAUAUCUAAACAAACUCAAGAGUUACUAAGCAACUUUUAUAAGUUUGUUAUUGAAUUUAAAAUUGAGAAAUCUUUUGAGCUAUGCAAUAUUCUUAACAUAGAUGAAACUCCUGUUUGGUUUGAUAUAGCAAGAAACUUUACAGUUAAACAAAAAGAAGCAAAAACAGUCUAA